UAACAAGUGUCAACAAAGAGUAUGUGCCGUGUCUCAGCCUGGGUCCGGGGGGUGACUGUCUUCCCUCAUAUUUAAGCCUUUUUUUAGCUUAAUUAUACAAGACAACAGCUAUUUCCAAGCUUCAUCAUGUCGGGGAUGUAUGGAGAAGAAGAAUAUAUUGAAGGUAGAUCAUGUUGUCGAGCCCAGGUUGGCUGUAUGUGUGGAACUUCCUCUUGCCGCUUCUGUUGUCGCCUGUGUCCCAGUGUUCUUGAAUCUACUUCAACAAGAAUUGUCUACAUAGUGUUCCUCAUGCUGAGUGUGGGUGUUAUGGCACUCAUGAUGUCUCUCCGUGUGCAGGAUGCAAUUAUGGAAAUGUUUCCUGAUCACGAUGAAGUGUGUGAAUGGAUAGGAGCUGGAGAAAACUGUGAGGUAGCUUUGGGAUAUAUGGCUGUCUAUAGACUUGGAUUUGCUGUUACUGCCUACCACUUCUUGCUCAUGUUGAUUACGUGUGGUGUUAAAAGCAGCCGAGACUGUCGUGCUGGACUCCACAAUGGAAUGUGGUUUUACAAGUUCCUGUUGCUGAUGUUUUUCUGCUUUGGUUCCUUCUUCAUACCAGAUCCAAAUGACUUGUUCAUCAAUGUGUGGAUGUAUACAGCAAUGAGUGGUGCAGGUUUAUUCAUUGUCAUCCAGCUUUUGUUGUUGGUAUUUCUCUUCCACUCCUGGACUGAUAAGCUUGUUGCCCGUGUUAAUAACGGUGGUUCUUCAAUCUGUUGGUAUGGAGUGUUUGCCGUGACAGCAACAGUCUUUAUAUACAUUGUAUUUGCUGGUUCUGUGUGCCUCCUGUAUUAUUUCUUCGCUGCCACUGAAGGCUGCAAUCGUAACCGAUGGUUUAUACUCAUCAAUGCUGCUGCCUGUGUUUUUGUGUCGGUAGUAACUGUAGCUAAACCAGGACCCAAAGAUGUUCGUCUUCGGCUUCUCCACUCCUCUCUCAUUUCACUUUAUGUCAUAUACCUCACCUGGACUGCUAUUGGAAGUGCUCCCCGUAAAUUCCAAAAAAUUGACGUAGGGGAGAAGCUUGGGAUCUGGAUUGGUGCAGGACAUGAUGUCAGGUCAAAUAUACUUUUACCAGAGCAGGAGUAUUAUUGUGGUCCAAAUGGUAAAGAAGAGUCAUGGGCAGAUGAAGUCCUUCCCUAUGUGAGUCUGAUUCUUACUUUCUUCUUGGUUGUGUAUUCAGCCAUUGGUACCGCUACCCCUGAUAACUGUCAGGCUAUUGAAUUUCCCAGUUGUCCAUCGCGUCAGAGUGUUCAGCGCCACGAUGUUGAGGACGUAGGAGGGCAGAAAGUAAUACGUAAUGAAAGCAAUGAUUUAGCCUACAGCUAUCCUUUGUUUCAUAUCAUGCUUGGCCUUGCUACUCUCUACUUAAUGAUGAGUCUAACAGACUGGUAUACGCCAUCCACUGCACGGCUGAUAACAUUUGGUCGUUCAUGGUCUGCUGUCUGGAUCAAAAUGAGUUCAAGUUGGGUAUGCCUACUGAUCUAUCUCACCGUAACCCUUUUUCCUACAAUGCUUCCUAACAAGACCUCUCGUACUGGUCCAAUUAAUGGAACCAUAAGUAACGGUUAUGCAGGAAGCUUUCGGGGAAGUGCCAGAAGUCUGGAUGAUGAAGCCGCUGUCCCUCUCUCUCCAAGUAAGCCAACGACCACAAUUCACCAGGAGACUACUGUUUAAGGUUAAAAGGAAUUUGUAUUGGAUAAUUCAGUGACACUACCAAAUAGGCUAUAUAUUUGGUAGUUACAAGUAGAAGAUGUCAUUUUCUGCACUUGCUGUUUGCUCUUAAUUGCGGUAAGCUAAUUCUUUAUCUUCAGAAAGGUAUGUGUUCUAAAUUUGUGUUAGAUUGUUAUCACUAGGAAACAGUACAAUUAUACAUCAAAGAAUCACACUUUGGAUAGUUGAAUCUAUAUUUAUUUAACAAUGCUUUACAGUACAUUUUUAUAGCACAUGUAAUGAUCAUAAACUGUGUACCUAGGAAGCAGAAAGUACAUGUACUGUGUUUGAAAUUCCAAGGUUAUAUAUCAGUUCCUUGUAUCUUCUUUAGGGAAUGAUUAAUAUUUUGAUCUUCAUGAUCCUCUUAAAGUACUGCUUGGAAAGUCAUUGCAUGACUACAAGUACAGUAUGUGUGUCUUGCCCCAAAACAAAAUAUUUUUAUAGAUGCUCUUCAUAUGUAGGGUGAUUCACUCACUGGUAGCCCUAGAGUUUCACUAAUUCUGUAUAACCAUUUUUUAUAGGACUAUGAGCAAGAGAGACAGAGGAACACUUGAGAAUGUAUCAUCAAAAACUUUACUAAAAAUACACAGAGUACCAAUGCUGUAUAUCAUAUAUAUCUGAUAUAUUAGCGAUUCUUUGGGGUUACCAGCGAUUGAAUCACUUUGUUUAGUACUACAUGUGUAUGUAUUUUCCCAUCUAUAUUUUUUAAGCCUAAUUCUUUCCAGGACUUUUUAUAAUGAAUUUUUAAAUGCUUUGGUACUUUCAUUAAAAGAGCAUUUAGUACUGCCCACGUCCAUCCAUCUGUUAUCUGUAACUAGAUAACGUUCAGUGAUGAGAGAACACUCGCAUGUACCUCUGCUACAUAUUUCAGGGAACUUGAUGUUCAUAAAAGCUAUUUAAAUUUUUAUAUCAACAGUUGUUAAUAAGGUUUUUUAGCAAGUUAUGGUUUUUAUUGACUAGUGAAGUUCAUAUAAAUGUUUAUUCAAUUGUUUCUGCAAUUUAACUAUAAAAUGCUUUCGUGAAUCCCGGUUAAAUUUUAGAUUGAGCUUACCGCUACUACAGUAUUUGUAAGGAGUAACCAAAGCUUGUUAUUGACCCAAUGUCUCAAUUUUUUAUGGGUUAUGUUCCCUUAUUAACUUAAGAAAUACUGCAUGAAAGGAUGUCUUGUCAUUGGUUUCUGGUAAAUUGUUAUGGAAGGUUUACACCGAUCACAAAAAUUUUUUCAUGGAGCUUUGUAUUUUAAAAACUAAAUUAAGUUUGAUAUCUGCUGUUGUCAACCCAUUUAUCAGUAUAAAAAUGACAUUCUCAAAAUAUUGUUGUAUGUCAUGAAGCUCAUUAUAAUAGAGUUUCAAAACUUCACCCUAAUAGGGUGGCCAUAGUAGGGUUCAUAAUUAAAAAUAUUAAACAAUCUUGGGAGAUCAUCCUCUCCCCUCGAUGAAAUUAAGCGCUGCCUGCCCCAUCCCAGUUUGCUCACAGCAAACGUUAACAUCCCUGUACGCAAAUAAGUGAUGACACAUAGUUACCACUUCCCUCACUCCUUGUACAUAUACAGGACAGUUGUAUUUUGCUGUAUAUCAAAAUGAAAUGAAAUUCAUAACAUGAUAUUAGAUACUUAUUAAAAUUUAAUACUUACAAUACAGUAGAUGUAGGAUCAUGGCUGCCAAGGGGAUAAAGCACACAUCUUCUGACCCAACAAUUGCCAGCUCAUUCCUGCACCUGGCUACUAAGCGGGGCACCUCAGUUAAUCCAGUUGUAGAAUGGGUACAGGUACUUGACUUUACAGUUAGGAGAAUGAGAGGCAUUAGAGUACAGUGCUGGACACUGCCCCAUCACAUUAUUCAUAAAAUACACAAAUUUACUCCUUAGGUAAAUGAAAAGUUGGCUCAUAAAGGCACCACUCAAAAUGGUGCACCUUUUUCAGCAUGCAUUCAGUGUUGGCCUUAUGAUUGUGAUUAUGUAAUUUAUAUUAAUUCCUAUUUUCUUUAUGUGACAGGAUAUCCUCCCACUCCCUCCUACUACUAGGAAGAAGUGUUGGAGUCUAUUUUUAUUCACAAUUCAUCUGUUUUGAAGUACUAUUUAUAAAUCUUUAACCUCUACGCCCCGGGCUAGAGUGCCGCUGGCCGUUACCCCCUCACGGGUUAAAUUCAGAAAAAUCAACUUUUCAAAUGAUAAAACAAUAAAAAAGAAGUGAGAAAAAAUAUAUAUUGACCCUCUAGAAACAUCCCUGGGGCCGCAGUGGCUAAAGCUGCCUUCCGAAAGCUAGGAAUGCUGAACAGAUGCUGUAGCUACUUCACUCCUAAGCAGUUACUUCAAGUAUAUAAGGGAUUCAUUCGUCCUAACUUGGAGUACUGCUCUCAUAUUUGGGGUGGCUCUUUUUCUGUCCAACUGUUAGAUA